AUGCCACUCAUUCAUAGGACCCCUGUGUUGCAGCCAGCCAGGAGCCCCCCACUCUCUGCUGAGCUGCACCUUGAGCACCUAAAGAGGCAACCAGAUGUUUCUGUUCAGAGUCCUGGGAGCAGCUUUUCUGCCAUAACCCCUCAUCCCCUGAAAACCAGAUUUGUCUCUACCCCAACCUUGGUCAGGAACACUUCCCAAUUGCUGAGCAGACCCGUCUGCUCUGGUGCUGAAGGAUCAGAGGCGCUAACAGAUGAGAGCCUCAACAUUCUCUCAGCCCCACCACGCUUCUUGAUCUCACUUGUUUCGAGCUGCAACCUCCAAACUAGCUCCAUUUCUAGACAUAUCGACACAGCAGCCCAAUUCAUUGGUGCUGGGUCUGCCACAGUAGGGGUGGCUGGCUCUGGAGCUGGAAUUGGAACUGUAUUUGGAAGCCUCAUCAUUGGUUAUGCCAGGAACCCUUCCCUGAAGCAGCAGCUCUUUUCCUAUGCCAUUCUGGGCUUUGCCCUCUCGGAGGCCAUGGGGCUCUUUUACCUGAUGAUGGCCUUUCUCAUCCUCUUCGCCAUGUGAAGAAGCGGAAUCCACCUCCCAUAGCUAUUUCUCCUGUGUCUCUUCUGCCCUAUAUGUUCAUCUUCCUGAACUUCCCCAGGCUGCCUGGGAAAAAAUGGUUGGCUCAGGGUUU